UGCCCUAAAGCAUCAUGGGAGGAGUGGCCCUGGAUGUUGGUGGAGAGGGGGUGAAAGCCCCAGACGGAGGGUGGGGCUGGGCGGUGCUGGCCGGCUGCUUCGUCAUCACCGGCUUCUCCUACGCCUUCCCCAAGGCGGUGAGCGUCUUCUUCAAGGAGCUGAUCAGGGAGUUCGGAGUGGGCUACAGCGACACGGCCUGGAUCUCCUCCAUCCUGCUGGCCAUGCUGUACGGCUCCGGUCCUCUGUGCAGCGUGCUGGUGAAUCGCUUCGGCUGCCGUCCGGUCAUGAUGGUGGGUGGCCUGUUUGCCUCCCUGGGAAUGAUCCUGGCCUCCUUCGCCACCAGCGUCCUCCAUAUCUACCUCACCACCGGGGUCAUUACAGGUCUGGGCCUGGCGCUGAACUUCCAGCCGUCUCUAAUAAUGCUGAACCGGUACUUCAGUGAGAAGCGUCCCCUGGCUAACGGCCUGUCGGCGGCCGGCAGCCCCGUGGCCCUGUGCUGCCUGUCCCCUCUGGGCCAGCUCCUGCAGUACCAGUACGGGUGGAGGGGGGGCUUCCUCAUCUUGGGGGGUCUUCUGCUCAACUGCUGUGUGUGUGCAGCCCUCAUGAAGCCUCUGGCGGCACCCAGGUCCCCCAACCCCAAACCCCAGGAGGACCAGAAGAGGCCCAAAGCCAAACUGUUGGACUUCUCGGUGUUCAGAGACUGUGGCUUCCUCAUCUACACGGUGGCGGCGUCCAUCAUGGUCCUGGGUCUUUUCGUGCCGCCAGUGUUCGUGGUGAGUUACGCCAAAGAGCUGGGAAACGAGGACACCAAGUCCGCUCUGCUGCUCACCAUCCUGGGCUUCAUCGACAUCUUCGCCCGCCCUCUGUGCGGCGUGAUCGCCGGGCUGCAGUGGGUCCGCCCCCGCUGCGUCUACCUCUUCAGCUUCGCCAUGAUCUUCAACGGGACCACUGACCUGAUCGGCUCACAGGCGAACGACUACUCCAGCCUGGUGGUCUUCUGCAUCUUCUUCGGCAUCUCAUACGGCAUGGUGGGCGCUCUGCAGUUCGAGGUCCUGAUGGCCAUAGUCGGUACCGAGAAGUUCUCCAGUGCCAUCGGACUGGUCCUGCUCAUGGAAGCCAUCGCUGUGCUGGUGGGACCGCCUGGUGCAGGCCGCCUGCUGGACGCCACCAAGAACUACAUGUUUGUGUUCCUGCUGGCGGGAGUGGAGGUGGUUCUGUCUGCUGUGGUUCUCGCCACCUGCAACUUCCUGUGCAUCAAGAAGGAUCCUGCAGACAAGCUGGAGAGCAUCGCCGUGACGGACGACACCAAGGUGGAGGCUGGCAGCAGGUCCGAGGAGCUGAAUACUGACCGCGAGCAGGGGGAGGAGCCAGGGGAAGUCCAGGACCUGGACCAGGACCAGGACCAGGACCAGGACCAAGACACGGCGAAGCCUCAGAGUUUGACCGUGGACUCACAGGAUGUGGAAAGAUUCCUGAAAGAACCACAGCAGAGCGACGACAUGGCCAACAGUCCAGAAACCAGCCUGUGAACUCAUUA